AAGGGCUGUGGUUGACUUUUCGUCACCUAAUAUAGCUAAAGAAAUGCAUGUUGGCCACUUAAGGUCAACUAUUAUUGGGGACACACUAGCCCGUACUCUUGAGUUUUCAAAUGUUGAAGUUCUUCGACGGAAUCAUGUUGGUGACUGGGGGACGCAGUUUGGUAUGUUGAUCGAGUUCCUUUUUGAAAAGUUCCCAAACGUAGAAGAAGUUAGUGAAACGGCCAUUGGUGAUCUGCAGGCAUUCUAUAAAGCAUCAAAACAGAGAUUCGAUGAUGAUCCUGCUUUUAAGGAGAGAGCACAACAGGCAGUGGUUCGCCUGCAGGGUGGGGAACCUAAGUACCGCAAUGCAUGGCUGAAAAUCUGUGAAAUCAGCCGUAAAGAAUUUCACAGGGUCUAUGAACGCCUUGGAGUUCAUUUAGACGAAAAGGGAGAAAGCUUUUAUAACCCAUAUAUUCCUGGGGUUUUAAAAGAGUUAAACGACCUAGGGUUAAUUGAGGAAAGUCAGGGUGCAAGGGUUAUAUUCCUUGAAGGGUUUAACAUCCCCCUGAUUGUAGUCAAGAGCGAUGGUGGUUAUAACUAUGCUUCAACUGAUUUAACAGCUCUCUGGUAUCGCCUCAAUGAGGAGAAAGCUGAUUGGAUCAUAUAUGUUACCGAUGUUGGCCAGCAGCAGCAUUUUGAUAUGUUUUUCAAGGCAGCUAAACGUGCAGGUUGGCUCCCUAAUGAUGAUGCCUUGAAACCAAAAGUUACCCAUGUUGGUUUUGGUCUUGUUCUUGGUGAAGAUGGAAAACGCUUUCGGACUCGCUCUAGUGAGGUGGUCCGAUUGGUUGAUUUACUAGAUGAAGCCAAGGAUCGUAGCAAAACAGCCCUUCUUGAGCGCGGUAAGGCUGAAGAGUGGACUGAAAAGGAGCUUGAUCAAACUGCAGAGGCUGUUGGUUACAGUGCUGUUAAGUAUGCUGAUCUGAAGAACAAUAGAUUGACCAAUUACACUUUUGAUUUUGAUCAGAUGCUAAAUGAUAAGGGAAACACUGCUGUUUACUUGCUCUAUGCUCAUGCUCGGAUCUGUUCAAUAAUAAGGAAAUCUGGCAGAAACAUAGAGGAAUUGAAAAAAACAGGGGAAAUUGUGUUGGAUCAUACGGGUGAGCGGGAAUUGGGGCUUCAUUUGCUACAGUUUUCAGAGAACGUGGAGGAGACCUGCACCAAUCUGUUGCCAAAUGUUUUGUGUGAAUACCUGUACAACUUAUCAGAAGUAUUUACCAAAAAGUUCUACUCCAAUUGCCAGGUUGUUGGGUCUCCAGAGGAAACGAGCAGACUCUUGCUUUGUGAAGCAACAGCCAUUGUGAUGAGGAAAUGUUUCAAUCUGCUCGGAAUUGAACCUGUUUACAAGAUAUGAUGCUGUUAUGAAAUAGUGCUAUAACCAUCUUAAUACGGAAAUCGAAUGCUUGUUUCCCA